AGGAAGAUAGUUCCACGCGCGUAAGAACACACAUUGAUGACACGCGCAUGCAAGUUUCUUCCCUGAAACUGUAACCGAAAGAGUCCAUCGAUUAAUCUUCAGUAUGAAUACAAUGUCCAAAUGACAAGGCAAUGAAUCCUUCAAUCAUUCCUUCAAAUUCAAUCAAGUCGCCACCAAAGUCUCCUUCUUCUUCUUCCACCUCCUGGUUUUCCGGAAUCGUUCGAGGUGGCCGUAACAAGUCGCCCACCUCGAAUAUGUCAGGUAACUCCACCAUAUCCGCCUCCGGCUCCGGAGAUUUUUCCGGUUCCGUAAGCCGUAAAAAUCAACUCCGAGGAGUUCUUUUCAAAUACGGUCCUAAUCCUAUUCAGGUUGCCUUCAAAAGUGGUGAUUUCAAACGUCAAGUUAUUUUUAUUGGUGGAUUAACCGAUGGAUUUCUUGCUACCGCAUAUUUAGAACCUCUAGCAAUUGCUCUGGACCGCGAGAAUUGGUCACUAGUUCAAUUUCUUAUGUCAUCUUCUUACAAUGGAUAUGGCACCUCCAGUUUACAACAAGAUGCUAAGGAUCUGGAUCAGCUGAUUAAUUAUUUAAUUAACAAAGAAGAUUCUGAAGGUGUGGCAUUACUUGGCCAUAGUACUGGUUGUCAGGACAUUGUGAAUUACAUGCGUACAAAUUUUGCUUGCACCCGAGCUGUUCGUGCUGCCAUCUUGCAGGCUCCAGUCAGUGAUAGGGAAUAUCAAUCUACACUCCCUCAAACAGCCACUAUGAUUGACUUGGCUGCUAAAAUGAUAAGUGAAGGCCGAGGUUCAGAAAUAAUGCCCAGGGAAGCAGAUCCUUGUGCCCCAAUUACUGCAUACAGGUAUCACUCCCUUUGUGCAUAUAAUGGUGACGAUGACUUGUUCAGCUCUGACCUGAGUGAUGAUCAAUUGAGGAUGAGACUUGGGCAUAUGUCUAGCACACAUUGCCAGGUUAUAUUUUCAAUGGCUGAUGAGUAUGUGCCAGAUUAUGUUGAUAAGAAAGCACUAGUUGAACGAUUAUGCAGAGCUAUGGGAGGUGCUGAGAAAGUAGAAAUCGAAUAUGGAAAUCACUCCCUUUCCAACAGAGUUGAAGAAGCUGUCAAUGCUAUUAUUGACUUCUUAAAAAGAGAAGGACCCAAGGGCUGGGACGAUCCAUGGAAUUAAUGGAGGUGUCUAGCAAAUUUUGGUUGCUAUUGUAGUUGUUUCCUUUUCGUCAAUAUUUUCAAUCUUUUAUUUUUGUCGUUUUUUUUUCUUCAUUGUUUGGGUUGGUUAUUGCAGCCUUAUUUUUUGUUAAUAUAAUAGUAGAUGCUAAUAUACAUUACCUUAAGGAAAAAAAUUGUUUUUUUCUUUGAA